AUGCAAUGUGGCGUGGGUGAGAAUGCUUUUAUGGUCCCUGUCUGCAGUAGGUGUACCAAAAGUCCGUUAAAUGAAGUUAUCAUUAGCUGUCCAAAAUUGUUUGCAUUAAACAGAGCUGUCUCCCCGUUGAGUAUCCGAGUACAUGGAAAGGUGUGCAGUUCAUCUGUCCCUGGAGUUCUGACAGAUGAUCAAUCUACUGAAGCAAAUAUGGAGGAAGGCACCGAAAACAUUGGCCUUUGUAGUUUGGAUCCAGGCCUGGAAGCUUAUAAGGACCAUUUUGAAUACAGAAUAAAGAGAUAUGUAGAUCAGAAAAACCUCAUUGAAAAACAUGAGGCAAGCCUCGAGGAAUUUGCACAAGGUUAUUUGAAAUUCGGGUUUAACCGAGAAGAAGGUGGCAUUGUGUACCGUGAAUGGGCUCCAGCUGCACAAGAAGCAGAAAUAAUAGGUGAUUUUAAUGGGUGGAAUGGCUCUGGACACAAGAUGACAAAAAAUCAGUUUGGUGUAUGGAGUAUCAGAAUUCCCGAUGUUGGUGGGAAUCCUGCCAUCCCGCACAAAUCCCGAGUCAAGUUCAGAUUUAAGCAUGGUGGUGGAGUUUGGGUUGACCGGAUCCCUGCUUGGAUAAAAUACGCGACUCAGGAUCCUACUACAUUUGCUGCACCUUAUGAUGGCAUUUAUUGUGACUCCCCACCAUCCGAGAGGUACCAGUUCAAACACCCUCGUCCACCCAAACCUGACUCCCCACGGAUAUACGAAGCGCAUGUCGGCAUGAGUAGCUCCGAGCCUCGGGUGAACACAUAUAGAGAGUUCGCCGAUAGCAUUUUGCCCCGCAUUCGAGCCAACAACUACAACACGGUCCAGCUGAUGGCUGUAAUGGAGCACUCCUACUACGGUUCGUUCGGAUAUCAUGUCACCAACUUUUUUGCCGUGAGCAGUCGGUCCGGAACUCCAGAGGACCUUAAGUACCUCAUUGACAAGGCCCAUGGCCUGGGCCUUCGGGUCCUGAUGGAUGUCGUCCACAGCCAUGCGAGCAACAAUAUAACUGAUGGCCUCAACGGUUUUGACGUCGGUCAAGGACCUCAAGACUCCUACUUUCACACUGGAAAACGAGGCUAUCACGAAUUGUGGGACAGCAGAUUAUUUAACUAUGGGAACUGGGAAGUCCUCCGCUUCCUGCUAUCCAAUCUGAGGUGGUGGCUGGACGAGUUUAAGUUUGAUGGAUUCCGAUUCGAUGGGGUGACCUCGAUGCUGUACCAUCAUCAUGGGAUCAACAUGGGAUUUAGUGGGAAUUAUAGCGAGUACUUUAGUGAGGACACGGAUGUUGAUGCCGUGGUUUACUUGAUGUUGGCUAAUAAUUUGAUACAUAGUGUCUUGCCUGAUGCGACUGUCAUUGCUGAGGACGUCUCGGGCAUGCCCGGGCUGGGCAGGUCCGUGUCAGAGGGUGGGAUUGGUUUCGACUACCGUCUGGCGAUGGCUGUUCCCGACAAGUGGAUCGACUAUCUAAAAAAUAAGGAGGAUGAAGAUUGGUCGAUGAAUGAGCUCACAUGGACUUUGACUAAUAGGAGGUACACUGAAAAGUGUGUGGCUUAUGCGGAGAGUCAUGAUCAGGCCAUUGUGGGUGACAAAACGAUUGCAUUUUCCCUUAUGGACAAAGAAAUGUAUUCCGGUAUGUCAUGUCUGACCGAGGCCUCUCCAGUUAUUGAGCGUGGAAUUGCACUUCAUAAGAUUAUCCAUUUCUUAACAAUGGCAUUAGGAGGAGAAGGUUACCUGAAUUUCAUGGGGAAUGAGUUUGGACAUCCAGAUUGGAUAGACUUCCCUAGAGAAGGCAAUGGUUGGAGUUACGAUAAGUGCAGACGGCAAUGGGACCUUGUGGAUACAGAUCAUCUAAGAUUCAAGUUUCUGAAUGCUUUUGAUAGAGCCAUGAAUUUGCUUGAUGAAAAAUUUAAGUUCCUUGCAUCAUCCAAACAAAUUGUAAGCUGCAUUGAUGAAGAUAACAAGGUCAUUGUUUUUGAACGCGGAGAUCUAGUAUUUGUGUUUAACCUCCACCCGGAGAAUACAUAUGAAGGGUAUAAAAUUGGCUGUGACUUGCCGGGAAAAUAUAGAGUUGCUCUGGACAGUGAUGCUUGGGGAUUUGGUGGACAUGGAAGAGUGGGGCACGAUGUGGACCAUUUCACAACCCCUGAAGGUGUACCAGGCGUCCCCGAAACAAAUUUUAACAACCGUCCCAAUUCCUUGAAAGUACUUUCUCCUCCUCGAACAUGUGUGGUUUAUUAUCGAGUCGAAGAAGAACAUAGAGAGAAUGACUUGGCUAGCUCUAAUGAACCAGUUACAGCAACUAGUUCUGGUGAAGAAUCCUUUUCUAGCGUAGUAAAUAAUGAUGGCCCGAUCCCAAGGUUGGUGCCCGAAAUGGAUGUUUUGGAAGAGAGAAAACCAGAUGAAUGA